AUGCAAGGCCAAAAGGAGAAAGGCAAAUUCAAGCACCGUGGCCCAAUGUGCAGUGGCGCCCCACCGCCGUGCAACGCGUGUAUCGCCGCGAAUACGGGGUGUGUAUUCCGGGAAGAUCUUGACAGGAGACGCAAGGAGGCCAUCAAACGGAAGGCGGAGGAUGCCGAGCACCAUCGUGACCUGUUGGGCGGACUGCUCAGGUCCAUCCGCUGGAGUGAAGAAAGCGAUGCUCAGCACCUCUUCCGUCUCAUUCGCGAUGACGCUCCACUGGCCGCCAUAAAUGCCUCGAUUGAUGCGGAAGUGAGGAAGCUUCGCGGAUACAGCCCGGGAACAGACGCCACAAUCGAUGGACUCCUCCAGUUGCGAUCCGAGGCGGCAAAUCUGCAAGAGCAGACAAUGCUGGCACGAGCCCGGAGGAAGACGAUGAGCGUUGAGGAGAUGUCGGACGAGCCUUUGUUUCGAUUGACGGCAAAACCGUGGACAACAGUCACAGACGAUGACUAUCUGGUCUCACAUCUGACCUCCCUCUAUUUCACUUGGUGGAACGCCUUUAUGCACCCUCUUCACGAACCGACACUCAUCGAAGCCAUGGAGAAAGGCGAUACCAGUAGUCUACUCUGCUCACCUUUUCUGGUCAACGCCAUGCUUGCCCUCGCUUGCGGCUAUUCCGACUUAGCUGGCGCCUUCUCCGACCCGAAUGAUCCAGAGACCUGGGGAGAGCACUUUUAUGAUGAAGCAAAGCGUCUCUGGGAUCGCGAGGAGGGGCGUGCCUCACUGAUCAACCUCCAAGGUCUCUACUUACUCCUGUUCUAUUGCAAUAUGCAUGGCAAAGAUCAGCUCGGCUGGUCGACGCUUUCGAUCAUGGUUCAGAUGUAUCAGGACCUUGGUCUCGCUCGUCAGACCAAGAUCCCAAGGGGCUGUCCGGCAGAAGACGUGGAUAAGUUGCGCGCGGCCAUGGUGAAUGCUACUUGGUCGGUCUUCGUCUGCAGCACGAUGUUUGCAAUGUUCCUCCUCAAAAGGCCCACGCUGCAACCGCCGACGGUCGCGCGGCCGUAUGCUGGAGAAGACCUCAACCCGUCCGUGCAGUGGAGACCAUAUCCUCGUCUAGAAAGGGUAGAGCCGCUCUACGGCAAUUCUCUCUUCAACGCGCACUGUGACUUUGCCGAGAUAGCAUACGAGGUAGCAUUGAGUGUGCCGUUUACCAAGAAUGAAGAUAGAAAUGCGCCAGUGCAGUUGCUGCAUCGGCUACACACCUGGCACGACGACUUACCAACGAAGUUGCGACUGUAUCCGGAAGCCCCCGGGCCUUUGUUCGAGCUGCACGCGGUAUACUACUGGUGUGCCCUUACCUUGAGUGAGGUGUCGGACAGGGAGCCAUCACGGGAGCCGACACCCCCUCCAUUCUCGUCAACUUCGGCAGUGGCCGCUGGGUUGACUGUUCGCGGCAAUUCCUUGCUCAUGAUCCGUGAAAUGUUGCCCAUGUUUCGGCAUUAUCGGCGGACGUACGGGCUUGUUCGUGUCAUGGCAGGCAGUUGUCAGACUGCGGCCGUGGCGUAUUUCAUUCUUCUGAAAGCUCUGCGCAGCCCAUCGUCGCAAUCUGGAGAGAACGAAGAAGCCCUAAUCGAGUUGACACUGUAUCUUAUGAUGGGUGCACGGCGCUGGCUCGUUUAUGCCGGGAUCAUCCGGAUGCUGCGUCCAACAGCGCAGUUGAUAGGCGUUCAGCUCCCCCAAAAGCUGAUGGAAAUGCUCGACGAGUUCGACAAGACCGUUUGGCCGGUCAACGCACACCGGCGGAUCAAGAGCGUAUACCCGAAUCUCGCGCUCGUGAAGAAAGACGGUUUGGAGGACGAAGAGGUGACCAUGGGCGAGUUAUUGACAAAGUGGGAAGGGCUCUCAGCAGAGGACGCAAGCGAAAAUUGA